AUGAGAAGAAGGCAAGGAGAAGAAGGCAAGGAGAAGAAGGCAAGGAGAAGAAGGCAAGGAGAAGAAGGCAAGGAGAAGAAGGCAAGGAGAAGAAGGCAAGGAGAAGAAGGCAAGGAGAAGAAGGCAAGGAGAAGAAGGCAAGGAGAAGAAGGCAACGAGAAGAAGGCAACGAGAAGAAGGCAACGAGAAGAAGGCAACGAGAAGAAGGCAAGGAGAAGAAGGCAAGGAGAAGAAGGCAAGGAGAAGAAGGCAAGGAGAAGAAGGCAAGGAGAAGAAGGCAAGGAGAAGAAGGCAAGGAGAAGAAGGCAAGGAGAAGAAGGCAAUGAGAAGAGGGGGCGAGGAGAGGGGGCGAGGAGAGGGGGCGAGGAGAGGGGGCGAGGAGAGGGGGCGAGGAGAGGGGGCGAGGAGAGGGGGCGAGGAGAGGGGGCGAGGAGAGGGGGCGAGGAGAGGGGGCGAGGAGAGGGGGCGAGGAGAGGGGGCGAGGAGAGGGGGCGAGGAGAGGGGGCGAGGAGAGGGGGCGAGGAGAGGGGGCGAGGAGAGGGGGCGAGGAGAGGGGGCGAGGAGAGGGGGCGAGGAGAGGGGGCGAGGAGAGGGGGCGAGGAGAGGGGGCGAGGAGAGGGGGCGAGGAGAGGGGGCGAGGAGAGGGGGCGAGGAGAGGGGGCGAGGAGAGGGGGCGAGGAGAGGGGGCGAGGAGAGGGGGCGAGGAGAGGGGGCGAGGAGAGGGGGCGAGGAGAGGGGGCGAGGAGAGGGGGCGAGGAGAGGGGGCGAGGAGAGGGGGCGAGGAGAGGGGGCGAGGAGAGGGGGCGAGGAGAGGGGGCGAGGAGAGGGGGCGAGGAGAGGGGGCGAGGAGAGGGGGCGAGGAGAGGGGGCGAGGAGAGGGGGCGAGGAGAGGGGGCGAGGAGAGGGGGCGAGGAGAGGGGGCGAGGAGAGGGGGCGAGGAGAGGGGGCGAGGAGAGGGGGCGAGGAGAGGGGGCGAGGAGAGGGGGCGAGGAGAGGGGGCGAGGAGAGGGGGCGAGGAGAGGGGGCGAGGAGAGGGGGCGAGGAGAGGGGGCGAGGAGAGGGGGCGAGGAGAGGGGGCGAGGAGAGGGGGCGAGGAGAGGGGGCGAGGAGAGGGGGCGAGGAGAGGGGGCGAGGAGAGGGGGCGAGGAGAGGGGGCGAGGAGAGGGGGCGAGGAGAGGGGGCGAGGAGAGGGGGCGAGGAGAGGGGGCGAGGAGAGGGGGCGAGGAGAGGGGGCGAGGAGAGGGGGCGAGGAGAGGGGGCGAGGAGAGGGGGCGAGGAGAGGGGGCGAGGAGAGGGGGCGAGGAGAGGGGGCGAGGAGAGGGGGCGAGGAGAGGGGGCGAGGAGAGGGGGCGAGGAGAGGGGGCGAGGAGAGGGGGCGAGGAGAGGGGGCGAGGAGAGGGGGCGAGGAGAGGGGGCGAGGAGAGGGGGCGAGGAGAGGGGGCGAGGAGAGGGGGCGAGGAGAGGGGGCGAGGAGAGGGGGCGAGGAGAGGGGGCGAGGAGAGGGGGCGAGGAGAGGGGGCGAGGAGAGGGGGCGAGGAGAGGGGGCGAGGAGAGGGGGCGAGGAGAGGGGGCGAGGAGAGGGGGCGAGGAGAGGGGGCGAGGAGAGGGGGCGAGGAGAGGGGGCGAGGAGAGGGGGCGAGGAGAGGGGGCGAGGAGAGGGGGCGAGGAGAGGGGGCGAGGAGAGGGGGCGAGGAGAGGGGGCGAGGAGAGGGGGCGAGGAGAGGGGGCGAGGAGAGGGGGCGAGGAGAGGGGGCGAGGAGAGGGGGCGAGGAGAGGGGGCGAGGAGAGGGGGCGAGGAGAGGGGGCGAGGAGAGGGGCGAGGAGAGGGGGCGAGGAGAGGGGCGAGGAGAGGGGCGAGGAGAGGGGGCGAGGAGAGGGGCGAGGAGAGGGGCGAGGAGAGGGGCGAGGAGAGGGGCGAGGAGAGGGGCGAGGAGAGGGGGCGAGGAGAGGGGGCGAGGAGAGGGGGCGAGGAGAGGGGGCGAGGAGAGGGGCGAGGAGAGGGGCGAGGAGAGGGGCGAGGAGAGGGGCGAGGAGAGGGGCGAGGAGAGGGGCGAGGAGAGGGGGCGAGGAGAGGGGGCGAGGAGAGGGGGCGAGGAGAGGGGGCGAGGAGAGGGGGCGAGGAGAGGGGGCGAGGAGAGGGGGCGAGGAGAGGGGGCGAGGAGAGGGGGCGAGGAGAGGGGGCGAGGAGAGGGGGCGAGGAGAGGGGGCGAGGAGAGGGGGCGAGGAGAGGGGGCGAGGAGAGGGGGCGAGGAGAGGGGGCGAGGAGAGGGGGCGAGGAGAGGGGGCGAGGAGAGGGGGCGAGGAGAGGGGGCGAGGAGAGGGGGCGAGGAGAGGGGGCGAGGAGAGGGGGCGAGGAGAGGGGGCGAGGAGAGGGGGCGAGGAGAGGGGGCGAGGAGAGGGGGCGAGGAGAGGGGGCGAGGAGAGGGGGCGAGGAGAGGGGGCGAGGAGAGGGGGCGAGGAGAGGGGGCGAGGAGAGGGGGCGAGGAGAGGGGGCGAGGAGAGGGGGCGAGGAGAGGGGGCGAGGAGAGGGGGCGAGGAGAGGGGGCGAGGAGAGGGGGCGAGGAGAGGGGGCGAGGAGAGGGGGCGAGGAGAGGGGCAGGUAACACGGACGACGACGACGACGACGACGACGACAAAGUGCAAAACAACACAGAUGACCCUUAG